CUUGCACUGCUUCCAUUCCCCAUUCACCAUGGAAGCUAGUACAGGUCUUUUUGCUGGUACUCCAAACAGCAAAGAGCUUGUGGCCAUUCAAGGACACGAUGAGCCUAAGCCGGUGAAGAACUUAGAUGGUCAGCUCUGUGAGAUAUGUGGUGAUUCUGUGGGAGUUACAGUUGAAGGAGACUUGUUUGUAGCUUGUGAAGAGUGUGGUUUCCCUGUGUGCAGGCCAUGCUAUGAGUAUGAGAGAAGGGAAGGGACUCAAGUUUGUCCUCAGUGUCAUACAAGAUACAAGCGCAUCAAAGGAAGUCCAAGAGUGGAGGGAGAUGAGGAUGAAGACGAUGUGGAUGACAUUGAACAUGAAUUCAAGCAUGAAGAGAUGCAAAAGGGAAACAUGAUCCAUGGAGAUGAUGAUGGGAAUUCUGAAUCGGGUUUAGCAAAGGUGAAUGGGGAGCUGCUUUCUACAAGUGUGGGAGAACCUGCAGGUGCAAAGCUGGAUGACAAGGAGAACAUAGAUGAGUGGAUGUUGCGCCAAGGGAAUCUGUGGCCUGAAACUGAUGCCUCAGUUGAUCAGGAAAAGGCCAUGAAAGAGCCAUUGUCAAGGAAAGUAGCAAUACCAUCAGGCAAACUCAGUCCUUACAGAAUGAUGGUUGUGGCUAGAUUCCUCCUUCUAUUACUCUUCUUCCAAUACAGAAUCUUCCAUCCAGUACCUGAUGCAGUUGGACUAUGGUUCAUAUCUGUAACGUGUGAAAUCUGGCUUGCAUUAUCCUGGAUGAUUGAUCAGAUUCCCAAAUGGUAUCCCAUUGAUCGCGAGACGUAUCUUGAUCGUCUUUCAAUCAGGUUUGAACAAGAGAACAAACCAAAUAUGCUUUCUCCAAUAGAUAUCAUUGUCACUACUGUGGAUCCAAUCAAGGAACCUCCUCUUGUGACAGCCAACACUGUUCUUUCAAUCUUGGCCCUGGAUUACCCUGCUGACAAAAUCUCAUGCUAUGUUUCUGAUGACGGAGCUUCCAUGCUCACCUUUGAAGCUCUUCAAGAAACUGCCGAGUUUUCCAGAAAGUGGGUUCCUUUCUGCAAAAAGUUCUCUAUAGAACCCAGAGCACCAGAAAAGUACUUCUCUGAGAAAAUAGAUUUUCUAAAGGAUAAGCUUCAAUCCACUUACGUAAAAGAACGGCGUACUAUGAAGAGAGAAUACGAAGAAUUUAAGGUGAGAAUAAAUGCACUGGUGGCUAAAUCUAUGCGAGUUCCCCCAGAAGGGUGGACUAUGAAAGAUGAGACACCAUGGCCAGGAAACAACCCCAAAGAUCAUCCAAGUAUGAUACAGGUCCUUCUUCCACACAUUGUUGGUAAUGAACUUCCUUGUCUUGUCUACACAUCUCGUGAGAAAAGGCCUGCAUUUCAACACCACGGCAAAGCUGGUGCAAUCAACGCCUUGCUUCGAGUAUCAGCAGUGUUAAGCAAUGCUCCUUUUGUGCUCAACUUGGAUUGCAAUCACUACGUAAAUAACUGCAAAGUGGUGCGAGAGGCCAUGUGUUUCUUUAUGGACAUACAACUUGGGAAUGGCAUUGGCUUUGUACAGUUUCCAUUAAGAUUUGACAGCCUAGAUAGGCAUGAUCGUUAUGCCAACAAAAACACUGUUUUAUUUGAUAUUAACUUGAGGUGCCUAGAUGGAAUUCAGGGACCUGCUUAUGUUGGUUCAGCAUGUAUCUUCAGAAGGAAAUCCUUAACUGGCAGUGACUCACCAGUGUCUUCAAAACGCCCAAGCAUGGUGCAAGUACAUUCAAAACAGGAUGAGAAUGGAGAAGAAGCUAGCAUAACAGGUGAUCAUAAUUCUUUGUAUUUAUCAAAAACACAAAAGAAUCAUUUUCUUAUCUCCUAUAUCUCAAACUACUCUUCUUCUGCAGCAGCAACAGAUGAGGAAAAGGAACUAUUGAAGUCACAGAUGAAUGAUGAAAAUAAAUUUGGGAAUUCCAAUCCUAUCAUGAACCCGUCAUUAACUGAAGAGGGUGGUAUUGAUCCUUCUUCCAGUCAGGAAGUUUUGCUUAAAGAAGCUAUUCAUGUCAUGGGUUCUAAAUAUGAAGACAGAACUCUCUGGGGAUAUGAGGUGGGUUUAAGUUAUGGAUCUAUAGCAGCAGAUACUCUGACAAGUUUGAAGAUGCAUUGUCAUGGUUGGAGGUCUGUAUAUUGCAUGCCAAAAAGAGAUCCAUUCAGGGGUACAGCUCCUAUCAACCUCACAGAUAGACUCAACCAGGUGCUGAGAUGGGCAGUGGGUUCACUUCAGAUCCUAUUCAGCCACCAUUGCCCUCUUCUGUAUGGCCUCAGUGGUGGAAGACUCAAGGGACUUCAAAGGAUUGCCUAUAUUAACAGCACUGUCUACCCCUUCAGCUCAAUACCCCUCCUAAUAUACUGUAUCAUUCCUGCUAUAUGCUUGCUCACUGAUAAAUUCAUCACACCAUCGGUUGGCACUUUUGCAAGUCUAGUUUUCACCGCAUUGUUCAUCUCAAUCUUUGCCUCGGCUAUUCUUGAAUUGAGAUGGAGUGGAGUUAGCCUGGAGGAAUGGUGGAGAAGCCAGCAAUUCUGGGUGAUUGGGAGUGUGUCUGCAAACCUCUUUGCCGUUGUGCAGAGCAUUAUGGGAGCUCUUCCACUGGGUAGAGUGAACACAAACUUCAGCACUGUAUCAAAGGUUCCAGAUGAUGUAGAGUUUCGUGAACUGUAUACCAUUAGAUGGACUGCACUUCUAAUACCUCCAACCACCAUCAUAAUAAUCAACCUCAUUGGUAUAGUGGCUGGCUUCACAGAUUCCAUAAACAGUGGAGAACAUUCUUGGGGAGCACUGCUUGGGAAACUCUUCUUUUCUUUAUGGGUUAUUGUCCAUUUGUAUCCUUUCCUUAAAGGUCUAAUGGGUAGGCAGAACAGAACACCAACUCUUAUUGUCAUAUGGUCUGUGCUCUUGGCUUCUAUCUUCUCCUUGGUUUGGGUGAGAGUUGACCCUUUUGUGUUGAAAACCAAGGGACCUGAUGUCAAGCAAUGUGGAAUCAGUUGUUGAUUCUACGUCUCAAGAACCAUGUAAUUUAUUUACAACUAUGAAGGGUGAAACAACAAUCUAGGUCCA